UAGCUCGCGUUGUGGAAAGGAGAAACGUUCGGCUACACUUAAAAUGAUGUAAAGCCUACUGUUCUUCGUAGUUUAGCAGUCGGGAAAUUGUCGGCCAUCGACGCAUACUGAGCUGAUGAGGUAUGAGGGAAUAUAAAGAGAAAGCUGCUUUGAUUUUAAACGUUCUAGUCCGUCUGUGAAACCAGUCCUCCCAGAGAUAACCGCACCUCCUUUCAAGCCACAGGGGGGAAAAAAAACAAAAAAGAACCAUAAAACCGGAAAGGGAGCGAUAAGGGGAGUCAUCAUGACCAGCUUUGCCAGUAAUGUGUUUUGCCGGGCGGAGAAGCUGUGUCGCCACCUCCCCGUGCUUCUCAACACCUUCCUGGUCUUCUCCAUCACGGGGGAGGUGAGCUACCUGGUCAUAGUGGAGGCUCCGCUGGAGGCGGACCAGAAGAAGACCGUCUGGUCGUCCUGGUGGAAGGCAGUCCACUUGGUGGCGCAGUACUUCAUGUUGGCAAACAUCUGCUGGAACGCCUGGCUCUUCGUGAAAACCAGUCCCAGUAUCAGGGGGGUGUUCCUGGGAGGAGAGGGCAUGGGCCAAGGAUGGAGGUACUGUUAUACUUGUGAGACCCACACGCCCCCUCGCUGCUCCCAUUGCUAUGACUGCAAGGUGUGCGUGCUGCGUCGGGACCACCAUUGUGUGUUCUUCGGCCAGUGCGUGGGCUUCCGCAACUACCGCUACUUCCUGAGCUGCUUGCUGUUCAUGUGGUCUGGGCUGCUCUACGCCGUGGUGAUGAACGCCGAGGUCUUCAUCGUCAUCUUAAAGGAAGGGGUGACCUUGCACAGUGUGCUUCUGCUGCUCAUACCCUGGAUCAUGCUGGUCUCAGGCCAGGUCUCAGCACGUGCCUUUUCUUUUGCCUUCAUCGCUGACACCUGUGUGGUGGGCUUCCUGCUUGUCUCGGCCUUCUUCUUCUUCCACGUCUGUCUGUUGCUGCGGGGUCAGACCACCAGGGAGUGGUACUCGUCCCGCCGGCCCUACAGCCUGGGAGUCCUGGGGAACCUGCGCCACGGCUUGGGCCUCCGCUGGUACAUCUGCUGGUUUUGCCCGCUCAUCCCAUCACCUUCACCCAGUGACGGAAUACACUUCCAGGUCACAGGGUCAUUGGAGCCCACACGAUGAAAUGAUCAUUUUCUUAUCCAGAGCUGAGCUUUAGCUGUGAAUACCAGGGUGCACUUGUUCGCAGCAGUCUUCCACAUACACUCCUCCGGUGUGGUGUCGCCAAGCUGUCUCCAUGCUCAGAAGUCUUUUCAGCCAUUAAUGAGAUUUAAUGCUUCAAUCGGCAUGCAGGUGGGAUGGGACUUUCUCAACACUUUAUUCGCUGCAGUUUUUGAAGUCGGCCCAUGGGAGUACAAACGGGCUCAUCCGCGCGGCUCGCUCUGGACUCCUGGUCUCAUAUUGUGUUGCUCAGUGCUGAAAACAAGUAACGUUUAAAGGCUGAUCUUACCUGCCAGUGUUGUAGCAUGACCCCUGGUGAUUCAGGGACUUGUCCUACUAGAAUAAUCUGCCUUAAAUGACCGCCUCCUGAAAUCUGUUGUUUUCUCUCUUGCACUUUUUUUUCUGCGAUGUUUAGUUUUCUCCUGUGUUUGAAAUGCAAUGCCAAAAAUAUAAAUCUUUAUUAUGUGUAUGUUGGUAGGUGUCCUUGAUUGUGCACUCGUCUAAAAUCCACAUCAGCAGUCAAAGAUAUGAUAAGUAGUUAUGUUUAAUUUUCCAUGUUGACAUGCCGAGAUUUGAAAUGUUGGUUUAGUCUGUCAUGUGACCUGUGUGUUUGAUAUUGUCAUUUCAAAUAUUU